UGGUGUUCUGUCUCUUAACUGGUUGCAUCUUCUGACAAUUAUACUAUUAUAAUUAAUAGAUAUAACGUAUAGGUGUCGUGGAAUAAACUCUUAUGUCCUUGGCACCAUGGAGCGACAGCAGGGGCUGCCACUUCUGCCGGGUCGGGUUGAUCCCGACCUGCUUCUAGCUAGGCUAAUUUCCGUAGCACCUCCGCGGCCCUAUCGCAACCCAGAGGCCCUCGUCUUCCCCGGCACCACCAAGGCCUUGGAGCGCAGGAGAGCGAGAGAGAAUCCGGUUGAGCUGGAGAUGCUGCCUGUUCUAAGGAAACACCAGGAGCGUAAGAAGCUAACAAGCUCAAAUGAUACAGAAGUGGGAACGCAUUCCGCAUCCACAGAAAGGUCAUCGCCCUCAGUGCACCUUCCCAGACUCUCAGGACUAGAGACUCAGAAGCCGGGUCAACUGUCCCAAAGUAAGAGCUACUCCCCAUCUCCUCCCAAAAAGCUUCGGCCCCAUGCAGACACCUCAGCUUCGCCACUGUACCACUCGCCGUCUCCUCCUCACUCCCACCCGCUGCAGUUCAGAUCAGUGAAGGAGGUGAUCCGUGCAAAAAUUGAUGAACCCCUUGACAUCAUUCAGACCAUCCGCAACAACCCUCAUCUGGGAGUCCUCUACUUAGUUCCAGCUGUACCAAAGUCCUCCAUCGAUUAUGACCCGUACAACCUCAAGGUUGUGGAAUAUGUCAAAAAGAAGAGUCCAGACUUCUUCACCAUCAGCCCAGCAGGCGUGACGAGCUGGAAUAAGGGGGAAGAUGCGUUUGUGCCGCUGAAUCGGUGGGAAUACGAAUGGCGCUGCUACCAGAAGCUGUUGCGCAUACCCACCUUCUCUCUCUUCGGCAAGUGGAAGACUUUCCGGGUGUGGAGGACCAAUGUACGCUCCAAGAACAUGAAGAAGCACAGGUCCUCGCUACAGAAGCACCUCUUCAUCGCCAACGAGUCACUGCGUCCUGCACUCAUUGACAUUUGGGAGAUGUGUUACCGCAUUAGUGCCAUGAGUCUAUGCUGCUUCGAGAAGGAUCACAUUUAUACCCUGGAGGAGUUCCAGGGUGCCCAGUACAAACAGCUGAAGGAGGUAUCUUCUCGCCUGCAGGAAUUCAGGGAGCUGGUGAAGGAGGUGACCAAGACCGCAUGCUGCACUGCGCUGCUGGAGGCCGGAUACAUGCCCAGUAAUUACCUGGGCGGCUCCCAGGCUGCAGGGGAGCAAGUUCUGGCCGGACAGACGAUGUCUAAGAUGGAGAUUCUUUCGGAGAAGUCACUAGAUAUUCCUUGUUUUCAUCAGGUCAUGAAGAGAUCCCACUGCAAACGUCUCACAUGCUUUAUCAGACUUGUGGACUACCUAAUUCUGGACACCUUGUACACACUGGUGGUGAAUUCUGUGACCUCGUUGCUGAGCUUCCUGAAGGAGCACAUUGACAAUACUCCCUCUGAGGAUGUGAUCCAGAGCUGGUGUCUCUCUGAACCUGAAGAGGACACCAAGAAGGGCAGUGUCGUGGACAAUGUGGCCUCACCUCCACCAAUGUUCACAUCAGAGGUGCUGCUGGAGACCCAGUGUUUGUCCUUCAAGCCUUCCCUAGAAGACUUCCUGGAGAUCGUUGGGGAGAUCAUUACGCGUUUUCAGGAGACAGUGCUCUCAGUGGAUACCCUGCUCUUCGACUCCCACUUUGAUGCCUUCACAGAGUCAUUACGGAGUAGCAAGGAGGUGGAUGAGAUAUCCGAGGACAGCCACAAUUUGGAGAUGAUGUUCAGGGACGAGAACCUUCUUCAAACUCUCAUCGAGAAUAUAAAGCAAGCUCUGCAGUUUGCCUUCAGUGCUGCAAACGUGUACGCUCACACCUUGGAGCGAUUCCGCCUCUUCUUCAAGGACAACAUGGGUUUGGACCUAGACUUUCUCAAGAUGCAAGACCAUGGAGUAGAAUUCUUCAGGGAUAAUCUAGAGAUGUACCACAAGCAGCACACGGAAGCUCUAGCCAUUAAACAGAAGACAUAUCUGGGACUCCUCCUUGUGCAUACCACCCAAUUCCGGGCAAAGCUGAUUCCGUCUCCCCUGCAUUGCUUACAGGCCAUCAACGACAUGUUACCCAUUUUGGCAAAGAAUAAGAUGGACGCCAUCAUGGCUGAGCUCCAGGGCGCACAGUUUAAGUUGGAAUUUCUGCCCACAUCAACUGCUGAAUUUGUCGAAUCCUUGACAUUCCUAGAUGAGAUUCAAGAGAGGAUCGACAUGCUGGAUGCAGAGGCAGAGACAAUUUGCCAGAUGUACACACUGAUUGAGCAGUACUCUGUGCCAACUCCGCCUGAAGACCUUGCUAUGUACUCUACCUUGAAACCUUCCAUCACCAGCGUGCGUAAUGCCGUGGAUAAGGCUGAUGGCGAGAGAGACAUGAACAUUGAGAAGUUCUGUCAGCAUCUGCAGUGUGACAGUGAUGACCUUAACAGAGAGGUCAGGAGGCUCAAGCAGCAGGCUCAGGAACAGCAAACACUGGACAUUACUGCUGAAAGGUCAGUGGUGAAGGAGCUACUGGAGGAGAUUCACGGAACCAUCGAGGAUCUGCAAACUCAAGCCUUCCAGUAUAAUAAGUACCAGAAGAAUUUCAAGGUGGAGGUUACAGAGUACGAGGCUCUGAAGGAGCUGAGCACAGAGGUUAAGUUGAGGAGGCUGCUUUGGGAAUCUCUGGAGGAAUGGGAGGUCCUACAAGCUCGCUGGAUGGAGUGCAAGUUUGAGGAACUGGACUCUGAGGAGCUGAGUGCUCAAGUCACAAAAUACAGCAAAAUUGUGAUGCAACUGGAGAAGGGUCUCCCACCCAAUAAUGUGGUGUCCAGGCUGAAGGAUCACGUGGAUCGCAUGAGGGAAAAGCUCCCAGUCGUCACUAACCUGAGGAACCCAUACCUCAAAGCACGACACUGGGACAUGCUGGAGCAGAUUGUGGGCACCAGUUUAGUCGCUGAGCCACUCACACUGGCCAUCUUGGAGGACCUUGGGAUCUUUGGCUUUGACUCCAGGAUCCAGGAGGUGUCAGGGCAAGCCUCAGGUGAAGCCUCCCUAGAGACGGUUCUCAAAAAGGUGGAAGACUGCUGGAAGAGCACAGAGUUCGUGGUGCUCUCUCAUCGGGAGUCCAAAGACGUGUUUAUUCUUGGGGGGACGGAUGACAUUCAGGUUCUGCUGGACGACAGCGUCAUCAAUCUAGCGGCCGUGGCGUCCUCUCGCUAUGUGGGUCCGAUCAAGGCCAAGGUGGACGAAUGGCAGAUACAGUUGGCCCUGUUCAGUCAGACUCUGGACGAGUGGCUGACGUGUCAGAGAAACUGGCUGUAUCUCGAGAGCAUCUUCAGUGCCCCAGAUAUCCAAAGGCAGCUGCCGGCUGAGGCUAAGAUGUUCCUGCAAGCAGACAAGUCCUGGAAGGAGAUCAUGAGGAGGGUGAACCAGCUGCCCAAGGCCCUGCGUGCUGCUACACAGCCUGGUCUGCUGGAGAUGUUCCAGAACAACAAUGCUUUACUGGACCAGAUUCAGAAAUGCCUAGAAGCAUAUCUGGAGUCCAAGAGAGUCAUCUUCCCCAGGUUCUACUUCCUGUCAAACGACGAGCUGCUUGAAAUCCUGGCGCAAACCAGGAACCCUCAGGCAGUGCAGCCCCACCUGCGGAAAUGUUUCGAUGCGAUCGCUCGACUGGAGUUUGCAUGCAUCCCCCCACUGUCCACCGAUGCCCCCGACAAGGGAGACGCAGAGAAGGUCUUCAGCAAUGACAUCCUGGCCAUGGUCUCUCCUGAGGGAGAGAAGGUGGGUCUUGGGAAAGGUUUGAAGGCUCGUGGGAAUGUAGAAGACUGGCUGGGAAAGGUAGAGGAAGCCAUGUUUUCUUCCCUGAGGCGUCUGAGCAAGGCCUCCAUCGCGGACUAUCAGAGCAGGCCCAGGGCAGAGUGGGUGGUGGCAGGUCACCCCUCUCAGGUCGUGCUGACUGUUUCCCAGUUAAUGUGGUGUCGAGACUUGGACAGCUGUUUCGAAGGGGAACAUGACCACUUUGAAGCUCUUCAACAGUUCGAAAAGGUCAAUUUUGAGAGGCUGAAUGAUUUGGCCGCGCUGGUGCGUGGCAGCCUCCCCAAGCUGCACCGGGACAUCAUCACCGCCCUCAUCACCAUCGACGUGCACGCCCGUGACAUCAUCACCGACCUCGUCAAGGAGAAGGUUGGUUCAAGCAGCAGCUUUCAGUGGCAGAGGCAGCUCCGGUAUUACUGGGACCUCGACCUAGACCACUGCGUGGCCAGGAUGGCUCUGUCACAGUACAUUUACGGAUACGAGUACCUGGGCGCCUGCCCCCGGCUUGUGAUCACACCCCUCACUGACCGUUGCUACCUCUGCCUGAUGGGGGCGCUGCAGCUGGACCUGGGCGGUGCCCCGGCCGGACCAGCAGGGACCGGCAAGACAGAAACCACCAAGGAUCUUGCCAAAGCCCUGGCCAUUCAGUGUGUUGUGUUCAACUGCUCAGACGGCCUGGACUACAAGAUGAUGGGCCGAUUCUUUAGCGGCUUGGCCCAGUCGGGGGCCUGGUGCUGUUUCGACGAGUUUAACCGGAUUGACGUCGAGGUCCUGUCUGUUAUUGCCCAGCAGCUCAUCGCCAUCCGCAAUGCCAAACUGGCUAAGCUGUCCAGGUUCAUGUUCGAGGGCCGGGAGAUCAAGCUGGUGACGACGUGCGCGGCCUUCAUCACCAUGAACCCCGGCUACGCGGGCAGGACGGAGCUGCCAGACAACCUGAAGGCUCUCUUCCGACCAAUAGCCAUGAUGGUGCCCAACUACGCUCUGAUCGCUGAGGUGAUCCUCUAUUCCGAAGGCUUUGAGUCCAGUAAGACUCUGGCCCGAAAGAUGACCCAGAUGUACAAACUGUGCAGCGAGCAGCUCUCUCAGCAGGACCACUACGACUUUGGCAUGCGGGCCGUCAAAUCUGUGCUCGUCAUGGCUGGGUCCCUAAAGAGAGAAAAUCCCCACCUUAGUGAAGAUGUGGUCCUGAUCAGAGCACUCAGAGACUCCAAUCUUCCCAAGUUCCUCACAGACGAUGCCUUGCUUUUUGGAGGCAUCCUCUCAGACCUGUUUCCCGGUGUGACCAUCCCUGACCACGACUAUGGGGUUCUUCAGUCCACCAUCGUAGACUGCCUGGGUCAGCUUCAUCUGCAACCCCUUCCCAGCAUGACAAACAAGGUCAUCCAACUGUACGAGACCAUGAUUGUACGUCAUGGUGUCAUGCUAGUGGGGCCCGCGGGUGGUGGCAAGACCACCGUCUACACCGUCCUGGCCAAGGCCUUGGAGACGCUCUACUCCAGAGGGCACAAGAACCCCUUCUACCUGCCCGUCAAAACUUACGUACUGAAUCCCAAGUCGGUGAGCAUGGGAGAGCUGUACGGCGAGAUCAACCCACUCACUCUGGAGUGGCGUGAUGGCCUGAUGGCCCUAACCGUGCGGACAGCCACCAACGACCCCAGCGACGAGCACAAGUGGGUGGUCAGCGAUGGGCCAGUGGACGCCCUUUGGAUCGAGAACAUGAACACCGUGCUGGACGACAACAAGAUGCUGUGCCUGGCCAAUAGUGAGAGGAUCAAGCUCACACCGUCCAUCCACAUGAUGUUUGAGGUCCAGGACCUGGCUGUGGCUUCGCCUGCCACCGUCAGUCGCUGCGGGAUGGUCUACAUUGAUCCUAAUGAGCUGAAGUGGAUGCCCUAUGUGCAGUCAUGGAUCACAGGGCUUCCCGAAAAAAUAACAGAAGCCAUGAGGAGAUACCUGCUUGAUCUGUUUGAGCAGCAUGUGGAGAAGGGACUGCAGUUUGUCAGUAAGAGAUGUGUCCAGGUUAUGGCUCAGGUGGACAUCAGUAAGGUGACCACCCUCUGCCGCCUGCUGGAGGCGCUGUUGCUGAGCAGGGAUGGACCUCGAUUCAACAUGGAGCCAAACAGGUUGAACAGUGUCCUGUGCCAGACCUUUGUGUUCUGCUAUCUGUGGUCAGUGGGAGGGAACUUGACGGAGAACCACUGGGACGCGUUUGACCGCUUCGUCAGGCAGCAGUUUGAGGACAACAGUGAUGCCAAGCUGCCCAGCACAGGGGACUUGUGGAGCGUCUACAUGGACUCUGUCCACAUGCGGCUGGAACCGUGGGAAUCCGUCAUCCCCGCCUUUAAGUACGACAGAGAGACUCCUUUCUUUGAGAUGCUGGUGCCCACCGUGGACACAGUGCGCUAUGGGUACCUCAUGGAGAAGCUUCUGUCAGUGCGCCACUCAGUUCUGUUUACUGGUACCACUGGCGUGGGGAAGUCUGUGGUUGCACGUGCCCUGCUGGACAGCAUCCAAGAAAGCGCAGGCUACAUCCCUGUCUACAUCAGCUUCUCUGCCCAGACCUCAUCUGCACGGACACAGGAAAUUAUUGAGUCCAAACUGGAGAAGAGGAGGAAGAACGUGCUCGGUGCUCCAACCAAUAAGAAAGUGGUCAUAUUUGUGGAUGACCUCAACAUGCCAAAGCUGGACACCUAUGGAUCACAGCCUCCCAUUGAACUGUUGCGGCAGUUGCAGGACUUCCAGGGCUUCUAUGAUCGUGAGAAGUUCUUCUGGAAGGACAUACAGGAUGUGAUUAUCGCCGCAGCUUGCGCUCCACCUGGCGGGGGGCGUAACCCAGUGAGCCCCCGCUUUACCCGCCACUUCAGCAUGCUGUGUCUCCCCCCGGCGUCAGAGCACAGCCUCAGACACAUCUUCAAGACCAUCCUCAGUGAGUUCCUGAUGGAGUUCCCCUUGGCGGUGAAGCAGAUGGCCAGCAACGUCGUGGAUGCCGCUGUGGAGAUCUACAACCGCAUGAGCGUGGACCUGUUGCCCACCCCGGCCAAAUCCCACUACGUCUUCAAUCUCCGGGACCUUUCCAAAUGCGUGCAGGGAAUGCUGCAGUGCCAACCAAGCACGGUGCAGGACCAAAACCAGAUCUUCCGCCUUUUCUGCCAUGAGUGUCAGAGAGUGUUCCACGACCGCCUUAUCAAUAAUGAAGACAAGGCCUACUUCAACACCAUGCUCUCUGAGAUGGCCAGCAAGUAUUUUGAAUUCAACCUGGAACCCAGCUACUUGACAGACAAACCAAUAAUAUUUGGAGAUUUCAUCAAGGUUGGUGCAGAUAAGGCAGACCGCUUGUAUGAGGACCUGACUGACAUCGAGAAGAUUCGGUCGGUUCUACAGGAUUACUUAGAUGACUACAACAUGACAAACUCUAAGGAAACGAAGCUGGUCUUCUUCCAAGAUGCCAUCGAGCAUGUCUCAAGGAUUGCCCGAAUGAUCCGUCAGGAGCGUGGAAAUGCCUUGCUGGUGGGUGUAGGGGGCACAGGAAAGCAGUCGCUAACGCGGCUAGCGGCCCACAUGUGUGGCUAUCGCUGCUUCCAGAUCGAGCUCAGUCGCGGCUAUGGCUACGAUGCCUUCCACGAAGACCUGCGGCAGCUCUACAAGCUCGUGGGCAUGGAGGGCAAGGACGCGGUGUUCCUCUUCACUGACACACAGAUUGUUGUGGAGGAGUUCCUGGAGGACAUCAACAACAUGCUGAACUCGGGAGAGGUGCCCAGCCUGUUCGAAAAGGAGGAGCUGGAGCAGGUGUUGGCCACCACACGCCCAAAAGCCAAGGAAGCUGGAAUCUCUGAGGGCAACAGGGACGAGGUGUUCCAAUUCUUCAUCUCCCGCGUGAGGGAGAAGCUGCACAUCGUCCUGUGCAUGAGCCCUGUUGGCGAUGCCUUCAGGUCUCGUUGCCGCAUGUUUCCUUCCCUAGUCAACUGCUGCACCAUCGACUGGUUUGUCCAGUGGCCCCGUGAGGCUCUCCUCUCUGUGUCCCACACCUUCCUCAAGAACGUUGAGCUCGGCAGCGAGGAGAUGAAGGGCCGCUUCUGUGAGAUGUGCGUGGAGAUCCACGUCAGCGUGACGAAGAUGGCUGAAAGGUUCUACUCGGAGCUGCGGCGGCAUUACUACACCACGCCUACAUCCUACCUGGAGCUCAUUAACCUCUACCUGGCCAUGCUGGGGGAGAAGAGGCAGCAGCUUAUCAUGGAACGAGACCGUGUGGCAAAUGGGCUCACUAAGCUGCUGGAGACCAAUGAGCUGGUGGACAAGAUGAAAGUGGACCUGUCUGCUCUAGAGCCCGUGCUGAAACAGAAGUCCAUAGAUGUCAAUGCUCUGAUGGAGAAGCUUGCUGUAGACCAGGAGAAAGCAGAUCAGGUUCGCAAGGUGGUAAAAGAGGAUGAAGAGGCAGCCAAGGUGAAAGCGGAUGAAACCCAGGCCAUCGCCGAUGACGCCCAGCGGGACCUUGAUGAGGCCCUGCCCGCCCUGGACAGCGCUAACCGUGCCCUGGAUGCUCUGGACAAGGCGGACAUCGCUGAGAUCCGAGUCUUCACGAAGCCACCUGACCUGGUCAUGACAGUGAUGGAGGCCGUGUGCAUCCUACUCAACAGCAAGGCCGACUGGGCAAGUGCCAAGCAGGUCCUGGGGGACUCAUACUUCCUGAAACGGCUGACGGAGUACGAUAAGGACAACAUCCGCCCGCACGUCCUGCAGAAGCUCCACAAGUACAUCAACAACCCCGACUUUGUCCCGGAGAAGGUGGAAAAGGUGUCCAAGGCCUGCCGGUCCAUGUGUAUGUGGGUACGCGCAAUGGACCUCUACUCCAGGGUCCUCAAGGAGGUGGGACCCAAGAGGGAGAAGCUGGCCGCUGCACAGACAGAGCUCGACACGACCAUGGCCACCCUGAAAGAGAAGCAGAAGAAGCUGGAGGAGGUGGAGGAGCAGAUCAGGAUGCUGCAGGACCAGUUUAACAGCAGCGUGUCUGAGAAGGAAGCACUGGCAAGGACCAUGUCCCUGACGGAGGCCAGGCUGGGUCGGGCUGGGAAGCUUACCGCCGCCCUAGGGGACGAGCAGGUGCGCUGGCAGGAGAGCACCGCCCGCUUCCAGGAGGAGAUAACAAACGUCAUCGGCAACGUCUUCAUUGCCUCGGCCUGCGUGGCCUACUGUGGCGCUUUUACCUCCCAGUACCGUCAGCUGCUUGUGGCUGGAUGGACGUCCCGCUGCCAGGACCUGGGAAUCCCCAUCAGCGACAGCUUCAGCCUCAUCAGCAUUCUGGGCCAGCCCUACCAGAUCCGGCAAUGGAACGCAGAGGGGCUGCCCAGAGACACCGUGUCCACUGAGAACGGCGUGCUGGUGACGCGAGGUCGCCGCUGGCCGCUCAUGAUCGACCCCCAGGACCAGGCAAACCGCUGGAUCCGGAGCAGGGAGAUAAAGAACGGGCUGAAGGUGGUCAAACUGAGCGACGCUGGCUUCCUGCGGACCCUGGAGAACGCCGUGCGUCUGGGCGUGCCCGUCUUGCUGGAGGAUCUAAAGGAGACCCUUGACCCCGCGCUCGAGCCUAUUUUGCUGAAGCAGACCUUUGUGACUGCCGGGCGCACGAUGAUACGCUUGGGAGACUCCGAUAUCGAUUACGACAGCAACUUCCGCUUCUACAUGACGACUAAAAUGGCAAACCCACAUUACCUUCCAGAGGUUUGCAUUAAAGUGACCAUCAUCAACUUCACGGUGACCAAAUCAGGCCUGGAGGAUCAGCUCCUCAGCGACGUCGUGCGUCUGGAGCGGCCAGACCUGGAGGAACAACGCAACGAGCUGAUUGUGCGAAUCAACGCUGACCGCAACCAGCUGAAGGACAUCGAGGACCGUAUUCUCAGGCUCCUUUUCACCUCCGAGGGCAACAUCCUGGACAACGAGGAACUCGUCCAGACUCUGCAAGAGUCCAAGGUGACAUCAGAAGCCAUUAAGACACGUCUGCAGGAAGCAGAAGCCACGGAGCUGAUGAUCAAUGCGGCUCGGGAGAAGUACCGACCAGUGGCUGCACGGGGCUCCGUCCUGUAUUUCGUCAUCGCCAGCCUGUCCGAGAUAGACCCCAUGUACCAGUUCUCCCUCAAGUACUUCAAGCAGUUGUUCAAUAGCACCAUCGAGACGUCGGAGAAGAGCUGCGACCUUUCCGCCAGGCUGCAGACCCUGCUGGGGCGGACGCUGAGCAGCACUCACGCUAACGUGUCCCGCGGCCUUUUCGAACGCCACAAGACCAUCUACAGCUUCAUGCUGUGCGUGGAGAUCAUGAGGCAGGGAGGCCAGGUGUCUGAGGCAGAGUGGCAGCACUUCCUUCGGGGGAGCUCGGGCGUCUCUAAGGGUCCCGCGGAGAAGCCCGACGUCCCCUGGCUCUCGGACCUCACAUGGCAAACCUGCUGUACUCUGGACACCCUGCCCUGCUUUCGGGGAAUCAAGGAGGAGAUUGUGUCCACACACAUAUCUGUCUCUCUCGGCUGCCUGGAUGUCGCCAUAAACCCAGAGGCCUGGGAUGGUUAUGUGAUUCAGCUGCCUCCACUUUCGGAGGGGGUCCCAGAUGGGCACGAGUCGGGUGCCGUCGGGGGCCACUGGAACCAGAGGCUGAGCGCUUUCCAGAAGCUUCUUCUAAUCAAAAGCUUAGUGGAAGAAAAGGUGGUGCUCGCAGUCACCGAGUUCGUCAUCGUUAGCCUGGAGAAGCGGUUUGUGGAGAACCCCCCCGUGGACCUGGCUGUCGUGUAUGGUGACAUGUCCCCCUCCACCCCGCUGGUGUUCGUCCUCAGCACCGGCUCCGACCCCAUGGGGGCUUUCCAGAGGUUCGCCAAAGAGAAAGACUACCUGGACAGAGUAGAGUCUAUAUCCUUAGGUCAAGGGCAGGGCCCCAUAGCGGAGAAGAUGAUCCGCGAGGGGAUGAAGACGGGCAGUUGGGUCUUCUUGCAGAACUGCCAUCUUGCGGUUUCCUGGAUGCUGGCAAUGGAAGAGCUCAUUAAGAGCUUCACAGAGCCUGAUACCAUCAUCCAUGAAAAUUUCAGGCUGUUUUUGAGUUCUAUGCCGACAAAAGUCUUCCCUGUUACUGUCCUGCAGAACUCAGUGAAGGUGACCAACGAGCCGCCUAAAGGUCUUCGUGCCAACGUGAGAAGGGCCUUCACGGAGAUCACUGGUAGCUUCUUUGAGGAGCACAUGUUGGCUAGGCAGUGGAGGAAGAUCGUGUUUGGCAUGUGCUUCUUCCACGCAGUCAUACAGGAGCGUAAGAAGUUCGGGCCCCUGGGCUGGAACAUUCGCUAUGAGUUCAGUGACAGUGACAGGGAAUGUGCUCUGCUGAACCUCAACCUCUACUGCCAGACAGGAAGCAUACCCUGGGAUGCCCUCAUCUACAUAACAGGGGAGAUCACAUACGGGGGCCGAGUGACAGACGCCUGGGAUCAGCGCUGUCUUCGCACCAUCCUGAAAACCUUCUUCUCGCCAGGCACUCUGGAGGAGCGCUGCACCUACUCCCCGUCAGGGAUAUAUUUUGCCCCUCAGGCAGACAGUCUGAGCGAUUACAGAGCAUACAUCGAGACCCUGCCCUUGAUCGAUGACCCAGAGAUCUUUGGGAUGCAUGAGAACGCCAAUUUGGCAUUCCAGCGUCAGGAGACCAUGAGUCUGAUCAGCACCAUCCUGGAGGUGCAGCCCAGGUCCACGGCAUGCGGUGGCGGGAAGAGCAACGACGAGAUGGUGCUCGAGCUUGCAGACUCCAUCCUGGAAAAAAUUCCCGAGAGGCUGGACAUGGAUGCGGCCACAGAAAGCCUGUUCAGCAGGGAUGCGAACGGCCGCCUGGACUCCCUGACCACAGUGCUGGGCCAGGAGGUGGACCGCUUUAACGGCCUGCUUGGAGUGCUCCGGUCCUCCCUGGUCACUUUACAGAAGGCCAUAGCUGGAUUGGUGGUCAUGUCAGAGGAGAUGGAACGCAUCUACCACAGCUUCCUGAAUAACCAGGUGCCGGCCCACUGGGCCAGUGCCGCAUACCCCUCUCUGAAGCCCCUGGGCAGCUGGGUGAAGGACCUCACCCUCAGGACGUCCUUCAUGCAUAGCUGGAUCACUCGAGGACCGCCCAAGUCGUUCUGGAUAUCCGGUUUCUUUUUUCCUCAAGGUUUUCUGACAGGCAUAUUACAGAACCACGCCAGGGCAUAUAACCUCCCAAUCGACGAGCUGAGUUUUCAGUUCAGCGUGCUCCCUGUGUACCGCGACCAGGCCGUGGUCAGUGAGGCUCUGAAGAUGCUGCCGUUGGGUAGCGAGCUGGACAUGGAGACAGAGCUUCCCACUCCUAAAGACGGAGUUCUGGUCCACGGAAUUUUCAUGGACGCCAGCCGCUGGGACGACGAACGCAUGGUGAUGGAAGAUGCUUUGCCGGGGGUCAUGCACCCUUUCCUUCCCAUGGUUCACUUCGAGCCUCGACAGAAUUACGUGCCAGAUCCGUCCCUUUACCACGCCCCCCUCUACAAGACCUCAGCCAGGGCGGGCACUCUGUCGACCACCGGACACUCAACAAACUUUGUGGUGACGUUGAUGCUUCCCUCCAAUCGACCCAGUGACUACUGGAUCACCAAAGCCUCGGCCUUACUCUGUCAACUCAGCGACUGA